GGCGUCUUCAGCAAGGAGAUGACGGAAUAUCCGAAUAACGGGGAGGCGAAAAAAAUACACAGAGACGGCAGGAGAGCUGAGUGCCGGACUGGGCAGUACAGUCAUCCAAUGGACUGACAGGUCCUGAACGCUAUAUAGGAGCUUCGGGCCACUUUGGACGGACUGGAUCCUCCGUUUUUCCCCUUCCUUGGCAAGACAGGCCGGCAAUGGCUGCGGCCGAGGCUGUAAGCGACAGCGAAACACAGAGGGCCGCUGGAGACCGUCAGCUGCUGUGAUCGGAGUCCAGCCCAGGAAGGAAGGAAGCCGGCGGACUACGCAGCGAGCCGCUCCGCUUCGCCCGGACCGGAUAGCAGAUCUGCGACUGUUCAUGCUCUUACUGUCAAAGAAAAGGGGAUCGAUCGCACCCAGAUUCGGUAAAUAAGGGCUUCAUAUUUAAUAGCGGUUCGUUGUUACGAGGUGUAGAUCGCUAUCGCCAUCUGGCCGGAUAACAGGCUAGGUUUCCACGAGCGAUCGGCGCUCCGGACACGCCCGGUCGCGGUGUAACCCCGUGCCUGCUCGGCGGUGCUGUAACGCGCGGGGCCGCGACGCUCCGAUGGCCGCAGAGGUGAUAGAGAGUGACUCAGGCCUCAGGCGGAGCAUGAACUCGAGUCUGAACAAAAGCGGCUCUGCGGCGGACACGCCCAGGGAGCCAAUGGAGCAGGAAGACGGCAGCUCGGCCCGCAGAACGGCGCCCUCGCCGGGGUCUUUGCGGGCUUCGGCCCGGUCCCCGCCGCAAGAGGCGGCCGCCCCGACCGGCGGCCAGACACCGACGCCGUGUGUGCGAUCCUCCACCCCGCUUACUCUGCCCGUGCAGCCGGCUUCGCCUGGACACAACGGAAGUUUGGAGCGACAAGAGUCUGUUGCGACCACGGAAGCGCGGCUGAGAAUGGAGGGGGUGGAGCUAAAGGAGGAGUGGCAGGAUGAAGACUUCCCCAGACCCCUGCCCGAGGAAGAGGACGGCCAGCUGGAUGAAGAGCUAUUCUCCAGUUCUUCAGUGAACAGGCAGUCUGACACACAGUCAUAUGGAAUGAGCAGCGAUAAGAAACCCAAGAAGAAGCUGAUGGCUCCGGACAUCAACCUGACGCUGGACCGCAGCGAGGGCUCCGUGGUGUCCGACGAGCUGGACGAGAGUGGCGAGCUGGACCUGGACGCCAUGGACACCCCCUCUGACAACAGCAAUGAGUUCGAAUGGGAAGAUGAUCUUCCGAAACCGAAGACGACUGACCUGCUGAGGAAGGGCGCUGAAGCCGUCCAGGAGUACUCUGCCUCAGAGGAGAGGGAGGAGGGGCGACGGUGGAGAAUAUUCCGGAUCGGUGAACAAGAUCACAAGGUGGACAUGAAGGCCAUUGAGCCCUUCAAGCGUGUCAUCAGCCACGGAGGUUACUAUGGAGACGGUCUGAAUGCCAUCAUUGUCUUUGCUGUAUGUUUUAUGCCCGAAAGCAAUCAACCAAACUACAGAUACAUUAUGGACAAUCUCUUCAAGUAUGUCAUUGGCACUCUGGAGCUCCUGGUGGCCGAGAACUACAUGAUUGUGUACCUGAAUGGGGCCACGUCCCGCCGGAGGAUGCCCAGCGUCGGCUGGCUUCGGAAGUGUUACCAGCAGAUCGACAGGAGGUUGCGUAAAAAUCUGAAGUCUUUGAUAAUUGUCCAUCCUUCGUGGUUCAUUCGCACACUCCUUGCCAUCACGAAACCCUUCAUAAGCUCUAAAUUCAGCCAGAAGGUGAAGUAUGUGUUCAGCCUGACAGACCUAGCUGAGCUAGUACCUAUGGAGUACCUGUCCAUACCGGAGUGCAUCAAGCAGUAUGAUGAAGAAAAAAAUAGGAAAAGACGUAAAAGAAACAGCGGUUGGUCCUGGUGACCCGGUCUAACCUGCACAGGAUGAAGCUCGCUAGGAUCGAUCAGGAUAUACACAGCAAAGUGGAAAUGGCUGCCGCAGCAAUGCCGGAAUAGGAAAUCGAGACGUCUGCAUGCGACAAAAGGAUUGCCCAAGAACCAUAAGCGAGGAGGGGGGGGGGAAAUCUUUCUUACUGCUAGGCACCCCCCCCCCCAUCUCAGUCGCUCUAAGGCAUCGAUUCUGAGUGUCUUUGGUGUAAGGAGUAACUCUUGCUUUUGUUACAUUCUCAGAACUGCCCACUGCUGUACUAGCAUGUGCUCCUCCACCGGUGCCACAACGCUCCAUUUCAAACCUUUUAAUAACCUAUGUAUCAAGCCAAACUUUUUUUUUUUGGUGUUAUAGUUACAGCUGUAUUUUUCAUAUUUAAAGCACUCUCUAAAAUGGUUGAUGCAUGUUCAUUACAUUUAAAAUGUAUUUAUAUUCAAAAAGUGAUAAAGGACAGAGAUUAAUAUAUUUUUAUGCCCGUUAGGAUUUGAACAUUUAUCUGUCUGUUUGGAGAUGCGUAGGAUGUGUGUCAUUCAGUCAGAGUAAUUUUGAAGGUGUGCCCGUAAUGGGUUACUUCUGUGGUUCUCUGAACCUUUUGUGGAAAGCCUACACGUCCUCUCUUGCAAUUGCCUGUCUGCGGAAAUGGAGAAACCAAGCAAAAAUUUGUGGAUCAUAGGUCAGGAAAAAAAACCUCGAAACAUGGAUCUUUUUAUUAUUGUGUUUUGUAGUAUGUUACUGGUUUGUAGAAUGUUCUGAGAAGAGAGAUUCACUUGCUGCAAGUAAACUUCCGGUUACAUCUG